AUGAUGGCGAAGCCCGCGUAUCAUAUGUCGCUGCCGCCGUUUGCGCCGUCGUAUCUUCAUGGUCCGCAAAGCAUGCCGGCGUACGGUUUGGCAGCCACGUUCGGUGCCUACCCUCCGUUUUAUACUGCCCCUUACUGCUACGGAAGACCGGUGGGGCUGCAGCCUGCGUUGAUGCGUCCGAACAUGGAAGUCGUGGCCGGGUUGAGUGCAAUGAAUUCUUUUGGCACGGCUGCUGGUCCGGCGCCAGGACCACCUACCCUGAAUUCAUCUGAGCCUAUGAUCGGCCCGCAGCUGCCUACCUUGGAAAAGUUUGUUGCAGCCUCGUCAGACGAUGCGUGCAUACCUUUUCCUUUGCUGUCGUCUGCGGGGAACUCAGUCAGGUCAAAGCUGAUAGACCUGCCAGAACUGCCGGAUGUGAUCGAGUUUUAG